AUGUAGAUAAUGUCUAGGCCAUUAACGUAAUUAGCCAUUUCAAUAAAUAUUUAGCGAGGAAACGGACGCGAGUGAAGACGCGAUGCGCUUUGUGUUUAUUGUUUUGUUUUCAUUGACUGCAGCGAACCCGGCACAUAAACGGUAUAGAACGGAUUAUGAGUACAACGCAAAAACAGAUGCAUUCUACAAACUGCAUGUCGCGACAGCAAUAGACAUUCAGGCUAAAAACCGCUGCCUAGAAGAAGGGGCUGAACUGAUGACUACUUCUUCACCAGAAGAUGUAAUACAAGUUCACAAAAUGCUGAAGCAGUUCCCAGACAUAGGGAACUACGUAUUAGUUGCUUCGGAUGGGUUACAACAUGAAUCGGCCGAAGAAGCCCCGGUUAUAUACAUGGAAGACCCCGAGUGGUUCGCGACAUCAAGGGGGCAGUGUAACGUAGUCACACGAGAGGGUAUCGUAGAGACGUCUAAUUGUCUCAACAAAUUACCAUUUAUGUGUAAAAUUAAAGCAAUCAACGUCAUCUAUGAUCCGAGAUGCAAAGUAUACUCUGCAGGAUACAAAUAUUACAACAACACCGGUAGCUGCUACAAGAACUCUCAGACCGCUGCAACUUGGAACAAAGCUGGUAUCAGAGCAACCGAGAUCAACAAUACUAAAAUCUUCAAGACUAUUUUUAAUCAGACACUGGAAGAGGCGGGUUUCUCGGAGUGGUCGCCUGGCGAGCCCAACAACGCGUCGGAGUCAGAGAAAUGUGGCAGCAUCUUCCUUAACAACGCCAAAUACAAUGACGUGGAUUGCUCACAUCAAUACGGCUACAUGUGUGAAACGGAUAUUGGAAUUAAACGUGCUUAGUGCUUUUUAAAUAUCUAAAAAAGUAUAUCUUUUCAUUCUUUCAUUCAUCAAGUAAUAUUCUAUGUUAAUAUUAAACGCUUUCUUUCCUGGCAAAUGAUUUCUAUGUAUUUAGUUUAUUUCAUGAUAUUAUGGUUAA